ACUCAGCAACCGUGAUUCCUGGAUCCUCUGCGUAAUUGAGUUUGGAUCUCUCAUCGUACUAAUUCACCAAUCCAAUAGCUACCAAAUACUUGUAUCCUGCCUGUUGCUGUUUAUUCAGGUAGUACCUUUGAAAGGUAUAGAGUUUCUUAAGCGUGUACAGAUAGACAAAAUUUCAGCUAUUUGAACAAAGGCAUAUAGAAACCUUUGCCCAACCGGUAUUGGCUUCACCAAUUUUCAAGUGUAUUUUGUGGCAUACUUUAGCUGAGAACGACUUGGGAUUCAGGUAGCGUCAGGCGUAAUAAACGAUGGUGUAUCAUCAACUGUUGGUCUCUAGGGGGCGCCAUUGCCAAAGAGUACAGAUCUGAAAGGUUUCAACAGGGUUGAUACUGUUCGGUUGAUGGCCAUUGUCCACUCCAGUCAUUAAGGCUGGGAUUUUUCUCAGCACUUUCAAAGCAUCUCCUCUUUUUUGUCAGUAGCAUUCGUAUCAUGCUCGCGGUGGGUACAGCAUACCGUGACAGAAUAUUUCAAAACAACAGCCAAGUUUACUUAAACUCCAUGUUGAAAGCAAAACAGUCUGUGACACACUUUGAAGUAGGAAAAGUAGCGGAACAAUGUUUUAUCAAGAAAGCCCAGAGAGAAAAGAAUGUAGAAAAACCAAGUAGCAACGUGGAGAAUGGGCAGCGUCUGGAAGAAAACGAGCACAAUUUUCUUCUGCUUUGUUCUCUCUUUUGCGUUCCUGUUGUUGGCAUCUUCUCUGGUCUCUUCCAGCAAUCACUUCGUAUGUGCACGUUUACCUGUUCGACUUCAGUAAAAGUUGGGAGGGAAAUGCGCCAAACGUUUCGGAUGGUUGUCUUCAGCUCAGUGACUAUCUUCUCCUGUCAGUUUUUCUGGAUUUCCCAAGAGUUCCUCGGGACACAUGUAUCGCUUUCUGGCAGGGUAAAACAAAACGCGUCUUUAAAAGAACUAUUGACCGGUCUUCUGUCCAUCCACGCCAGGAGACAGCCCAUGCCAGGGCAGGCAGAGUGGGGUGUAGACUCUCCUCCAUUAGUCCUGCCCUCCUGGUCUUCCCCCGGCUUUCGCUCUUUGCCUCUCCAGUCACGUCCCAAACCCGGAGGGACGAAAGGCCUGCUCAGAACGUAAAAGCCAGUGAGGAGGGCCACGCAGACGCAGGGGAGACCCCGCCGCCAGGCCGGGCGUCCCCAGGGGCAUCUCUGCCGGGCAGCGCCUUGCGUCAUGUGGGGCCCGCCCCCUGGUGGGGCUCGGCAAGUUCUGCAGCCUUGGCCGUCGUGGAAGCAGGAUUUCCGCGGUUGUGUAAUAGCACCUCGCGGGCGCGGAGAGGCCUGGGCUCCGCAUCCCUCCUCGGACUGGCCCCUGGUCUCCGGCGGCCGAGCCAUGGCCUGGACGGCGGCGGCGGCGAGCGGCGGGGCCCACGGUACGCUCUCGGCGCACACGCUCCUGUUCGACCUCCCGCCGGCGCUGCUGGGCGAGCUGUGCGCGGUCCUGGACAGCUGCGACGGCGCGCUGGGCUGGCGCGGCCUCGCGGAGCGACUUUCAAACAGCUGGCUGGAUGUUCGUCACAUCGAAAAAUAUGUUGACCAAGGUAAAAGUGGAACAAGAGAACUACUCUGGUCCUGGGCACAGAAAAACAAGACCAUCGGUGACUUGUUACAGAUCCUCCAGGAGAUGGGGCAUCAUCGAGCUAUCCAUUUAAUUGUGAAUCAUGGAGCACCCUUGAAGAGUCAGAGUCAUCAUGGAGAUAGCUUUCCAAACAUGUUACCCAAGGAAAUAGCCAAUGUCACAGUGGAUAAUGUUCUUAUUCCUGAACAUAAUGAAAAAGGAAUAUUGUUUAAAUCCUCUGUCAGCUUUCAAAACAUCAGAGAUGGAACCAAAAAUUUCCACAAAGACUUCCUAAUUGGAGAAGGGGAGAUUUUUGAGGUAUACAGAGCGGAGAUCCAAAACCGAACAUAUGCCAUUAAAUUAUUUAAACAGGAGAAAAAAAUGCAGUGUAAGAAACAAUGGAAGCAGUUUUUAUCUGAGCUUGAAGUUUUACUACUGUUCCAUCAUCCAAACAUACUGGAGUUGACUGCGUAUUUUACAGAGAGUGAGAAGUUCUGCCUUGUUUAUCCAUAUAUGAGAAAUGGAUCACUUUUUGACAGAUUGCAGUGUGUAGGUAACACAGCCCCACUGUCUUGGCACAUUCGGAUCAGUGUUUUAAUAGGAACCUCCAGAGCCAUUCAGUAUUUGCAUAACACGGAGCCGUGCUCAGUCAUCUGUGGCAGUGUAUCCAGUGCGAACAUACUUUUGGAUGAUCGGUUUGAACCCAAACUGACGGACUUUGGCAUGGCGCACUUCCGACCCCACCCGGAACAUCAGAGCUCUACCAUAAGCAUGGCUAGCAGCAGCACUAAACAUCUGUGGUAUAUGCCUGAAGAGUAUAUCAGACAGGGCAAACUGUCCAUUAAAACGGACGUCUAUAGCUUUGGAAUUGUAAUCAUGGAAGUUCUGACAGGUUGUAAAGUGGUGUUAGAUGAUCCAAAGCAUAUCCAGCUGAGGGAUCUCCUUAUGGAGUUGAUGGAGAAGAGAGGACUCGAUUCAUGCCUUUCGUUUCUAGAUAAGAAAGUGCAUCCCUGUCCUCGGAAUUUUUCUGCCAAGCUAUUCUCUUUGGCGGGCCAGUGUGCUACCACGCGGGCAAAGUUAAGACCAUCAAUGGAUGAAGUCCUAACUACUCUUGAAAGUACUCAAGCCUGCUUAUAUUUUGCUGAGGACCCUCCCACUUCACUAAAGUCCUUCAGGUGUCCUUCUCCUCUAUUCUUGGAUAACGUACCAAGUAUUCCAGUGGAAGAUGAUGAAAACCAGAAUAAUCGUUCACACCCUCAUGAUCAAGGUUUGAGAAAAGAUGGAGUGACUCCGAAAGUUCCAUUUGAAUGCAGCCAGUCUGAGGUUACGUUUCUGGGCUUUCACAGAAAGACAGGGGGUGAGAGAAAAGAGGAUGCAUGCAACAUGCCCAGUUCUUCUUGUAAAGAAAGUUGGUCUGCAAAGCAUUCAGCUCUAUCGCAGGACUCAGGGGCCUGUGGUGCAGAUCUGGACCCUUCUGCAGAAGCUCCAGACCCUUCUUACAGGAGCAGGCCAGUGGAGACUAGCUGUUCCUCUGAAUCUUCCUGGAACGAAUGUGAGCAGUACAAAAAGGAAUCAAUUUCACCAGAAGAUAAAGAAGAAAGCAAGUAUUGCUAAGGCCUCUGAGUACAGGUAUCAUCUUGGGAAAACAUUGUUACCAUAAGUAAUGCGAAAAGGACUAUGGAUGGUGAGUUUGGGUGAUGCGGAUCUACUCUGGACAAUUCUACUCCUUCCUUCCCAACUCUGAAAACAGAGUGGCUCAAACCUAGGCUAUAUGAGAACCAUCCAAAAUUACUUAAGAUCAUGAGCUGUGGCUUUAGACAAACAAAACCUACCAAAGAGGGACUAGAUUCUACAGUCUUCUCCAUCAUCAUCAACAUGAGCCCCUGUGCCACCAGUCUGCUAAGUACAUUCAGUUCAGUUAGAUUGCAUUAUUCAGUUUGGCUUGCUUGUGAAGGUUGUAAGAAGUGUCUAAUUUGUAAAUGUUAACAGGUGCCUUUUUAAAGAAUUACCUUUGUGUUUAUCUUAAUUAACCUUUAGUAUUUUUCUGUUCCUCCCUGUCAAGCCUGUCUGUUUGAAAAUGAGCCAGAUUUACCCUUGGCUAUUGACAUGUUCUGUGUAGAGAGGGGAUUCUUGCCCAAGAUCUGUAUUUCUGUAUUUAAACCCUUAGGAUAGUUUAUCACAUAUCAUACAGUUUUGGCUAUUAUUACAUUUUUUUUUUUUUUUUUUUUUUUUUUACAAACCUAGAGACCAUUAUAUCCUGAGUAGAAUGUGUGAAAUUUUAAUCAAGUAGUUUUUGUUUCUGAGAAAAUGGCUGGUCACAAGGGCUUAUGUUACCCUUUUCUUUGAUCCUGUACCUUCCAACUCUGUGCCUUUACUCUUGCUGUUUACUGGGUCUCCCCCUGUUGAAAUCCUACCCAGGCCUUCAAGGCCCAGCAGAACUACCUCUUCCAGGAAGCUUCCUUAAUCUGUCCAGCCAGAAGUACUCACUUCCUUAGCAUUUCUAUAGCACUGUUUUUGUGUUUCUUUCAUAUUUGUUAUUUUCUCAAUUGUACCAAUGUUGCCUGUGCCAUCUUUUCUCUCUUACUAGAUUGUAAACUACCUGUAUUAAUUUCCUAUUGUUGCUAGAACAAAUUAUAAGGCACUUUGUGGGUUAAAACAAUGUAAGUUGGGGUGCCUGUCUGGCUCAGUCAGUAGAGCAUCCAGCUCCCGAUCUCAGGGUCAUGAGUUCAAGUCCCAUUUGGGUGUAGAAAUUACUUAAAAAAAAAAAAAAGUUAAUUAUUUUACAAUUCUGGAGGUCAGAAGUCCUUGGCAUUCUUUCUGGAGGCCCUAGGGGAGAAUUCAUUCCCCUGCCUUUUCUAGCUUCUAGAGACUGCCUGCAUUCUUUGACUCAUGGCCUCUUCCCCUCCAUCCUCAAAGCCAGCAUUGUGGCAUUUUUGAAUCUAGAUUUCUCUUUCUUUUUCUCUUUGGACUUUUCUUCAUCACCUCUUUCUCUUCCUUUGCCCUCCUGCCUCCUACGGAUCCUCGUUAUUGCAUUGGGCCCACUCAGAUAAUCCAAGGAUAUCUAUGCAUCGCAAGACCCGUAACUCAUUCACAGAAGUAAUUCACAGACUUCUGGAAUUAGGACAUGGAUGUCCUUGGGGAACUGGGGGCCUUACUCUAUCACAUUCCCUGAGUGUGCAGGGGCCAUCUCUUCAAGGCCUAGCAUGUUAUCCUAUACAGAGCUGUUUCCUUACAAGUUAAGUUGAAUUAAGUUCUAAGAACCCACAUAAUAAAAAGAUUGCUGAGUAAAGUGGGGAUUAGGACUGUCUUUCUGAUGAUGGAUAGAAACACUCCAAGAAAACCAUUUCCACAAGAUUAAUGGAAUUUCCCUCUCUAGAACAUGUAUGAUGAAAGGGUAGACCUCUAGCCUGCUCUGCAUCCAAGGAAUAGGCUCUUGCUUUUUUUUGUGUGUGUGUGAGUUAAUAUGUUUGGGUUAAUUGGUCAGAUUGGAGUCUAGAUUUAAGAACAAAUUAUUUAAAAAAGGAAGUCAUCUUAAAAAAAUUUUUUUAAUGUUUUUGUUUAUUUUUGAGAGAGACAGAGACAGAGUGUGAGCUGGGGAGGGGCAGAGAGAGAGGGAGACAUAGAAUCCGAAGCAGGAUCCAGACUGAGCUGUCAGUACAGAGCCUGACAUGGGGCUCUAACUCAGGAACCGGGAGAUCAUGACCUGAGUCUAAGUCGGAAGUUUAACCGACUGAGCCACCAGGGAGUGCCCCAGGGAAUCAUCUUUAAAAAAAAAAAAAAAAGGUUGGGAGGUGCGCCUGCGUGGCUCAGUCAGUUAAGCGUCUGAUUCUUGAUUUCAACUCAAGUCAUGAUCUCGUGGUUCAUGAGAUUGAGCCUCGCGUCGGGCUCCACACUGUGCGGGGCCUGCUUGGGGUUAUUUCUCUAUCCCUCGCCCUCUGUCUCUCCCCUGCUCGUGCUCUCUCUCUCUCUCUCUCUCUCAAAAUAAAUAAACUUAAAAAAAAAAAAAAAAGAAGACGGAAGUCAUCAGGAAUCAGGGUCAGGUUAACAGACCAAGGCCAGGAACAUGAAGCUACAAUUCUGGGAAAAAUGGUCUCAUGGUGAGGUUCAGAACACAAUAAGCCUUAGUCUGAUUGACAGGCCACAUAAAGGCCCAGGUAAGCAGUUGGGAGAGGUCAUGCUCAGGCUGGUCCUCAGGGGCCAGCCAUCUUACCCAUCUGUUCUUUGCAUGUGUUAUUAAGCACCUGCCAGAAUCAAGGCACUGUAUUGGCUCCAAUAGGACACUGAGUGAGGAAGAAAAGGCAACCACCCCAGUGAAGAGUUGGGUGACAUCUGGUAUUUGAACCACAAACCAGUGGAACUGAAAGUAAAAGUGGGAGGAGGAGGAGGCAGAGAUUACUAUGCAUUUUCUAGAGGGGAAGGAAGGCUUUUUUGGAGAAACUUGUUGGAGAGAGAGAAGGGAGGAAGAGAAAUAGAAAAGGAGUCCCAGGAUGGACAUCCAGGGAUUUGGGGGCCCAGAGCUCUACCAGAGCUCUGCAGAACCCCAGCUCUGGGGCUGGAAGGAUGGGUGAGGGCAAAGGGAGCUCGGUCCAAAGCAUUUCAUGCUUUUUCCUGUUAAGCCUUCACAGCCACACUGAAGGUACAAAUCCCAUUUUAUGAUGAGAAAACUGACUUAGAGAGGUUAAAUAACGAGCCUGGGGUUUUCCCAGAACUGGAAGAGCCAGGAUUUUAAAGCACAGCUGUCUGAUAUCAAAGCCCACACUCUUUCUUGUAUUCCACAUUGCAUACAGAAGCCCCCACAGAUUCAAGCUUUUAUAGAAAGGGAUAGAGGUGAGAGCUCAUUUGUUGAUUCCAACAGGUUUUCAGUAAACACACAAGGCUUGCCAUGUCUUCUGCCUUUUUUCACUAUCCUGUUCCUCUGUUAACAGUUACCCACCUCUUUAGUCAUUAGAUGUAAGUUAAAUGAAUUCAUUGAUCUAACCAUUCAUUCACUGAACAAAUAUUUAUCAACAGCCUCCUUUAUGUCAGGCAUUGUUCUGGGAGCUGGGGACACAGUGAAGAUCACACCCAACUGAGAGCGCCUGGGUGGCUCAGCUGGUUAAGCGUCCAACUUCAGCUCAGGUCAUGAUCUUGAGAAGUUCGUGGGUUUGGGCCCUGUGUGGGGGUCUGUGCGGACAGCUCAGUGACUGGAGCCUGCUUUGGAUUCUGUGUCUCCCUCUCUGUCCACCCCUCCUGCUCUCUAUCUCUCUCAAAAGUAAAUAAGCAUUAAGAAUUAUUUUUUUUUUAAAAAUCACACCCAACAAAGAUCUCUGCCCUCAUGGAGCUUAUGUUCUAGUCAGUAAAUGAGCGGAUGGAUGAAAGGAAACAACAUGGGAAAGUUGUAAUCUCGAUUCUAAUGCUAACUGGUGGCUCUCCAGGAGACCAGCCUCACUGAGCCAUCUCUGAGUGUUGUCUGGACUUAGACUCCAGCUUCUCUGCCAGCCCUUCCGUAGGGAUUCACAGAGGUUUCCCCUCACCCUAUGGUACAGCUGAUGUCUCCAUGGUAACUGGUUGCUUUGCUAUUAGUGUGCACCAGGCAGUCUGUGAUAUAUGGCAAUCAUGACAGGUCCGAUUCUUCCAUUGACCUAUGAUUUGUCCAGGACAUUCAUCUAGCUACCAACGACACCUUCAACUGGCUGCUCCUAAGGACUCUGAAGCACCUACACAUGCCUCACUUCCCCAUCACUCCACAAUGUAAUUGUCUGUUGACUUCUCUCUUCUCCACAAAACUGAAACUUCUUGAGGACGGGGACUAUAUCCUGCUCAUUUUUGUGUCUGUAACAAUGAGUAUGGUACCUGGUACAUAAUAUGGCCUGAUCAAUAUUUAUAAAAUGAAUGAACCAAAUAGUCAUUUAGAAUAUCUUCAAAAUCAUUGGUAUCUAGUAUAUCACGACUGUCAUCUACAUUGCACCCAAAGUGCAUCUUUCUUUUCUCUCUUUUUUUGUUUAACGUUUAUUCAUUUUUGAGAGACAGAGAGAGACAGAGCAUGAGCAGGGGAAGGGCAGAGAGAGAGGGAGACGCAGAAUCCGAGGCAGGCUGCAGGCUCUGAGCCAUCAGCACAGAGCCUGACGCGGGGCUCGAACUCACAGACCGCGAGAUCGUGACCUGAGCAGAAGUCGGUCGCUCAACUGACUGAGCCACCCAGGCGCCCUUCUUUUCUCUUUUUUAAAGUUUUAUUUAUUUCAGUAAUCUCUACACCCAACAUGGGGCUUCAACUUGUGACCCUGAGAUCAAGAGUUGCAUGUUCUUCAUGGGACGCCUGGGUGGCUCAGUUGGUUGAGUGACGACCAGCUUUGGCUCAGGUCAUGAUCUUGCAGUUUGUGAAUUCUAGCCCCACAUCGGGCUCUCUGCUGACAACACAGAGCUCACUCCAGAUCCUAAGUCUCUGUCCCUCUCUCUCUUACCCUCCCCCACUCACACUCUUUCAAAAAUAAGUAACAUUAAAAAAAAAAAGUCACAUGCUCUUUUGACUGAGCCAGCCAGACGCCCCUAAAGUGCAUCUUUCUAAUACCCAUACUACCAUUAUUCAUUUGCUUAGAUGGUUCCAUCCCACUAUUCUCAGAGAAAAGUUAUUAAGUAUUAAAUCUGAGAUAUCUUUGAAAGGAGGAAUUAGACAUUGUGUAUACAUUGUUUAUAGAUAUGAUUCAUGGUAGAAAAUAUUCCCAAACCAUUUCUAAGCAAUGAUAAACCAACAUUUGAUAGGGGAUAAACUGAUACUUGUGGUAUUUUGUUUCCAUAUUUCUGUCAAAUUAUUUGUAUAUAUUUGAUGGUCCAUUGAACUUGACAUGCAAGUAUUUUCUUGGAAGGCAUUUUUAUUCCAAAGAUCUACACUGCUUACCAAGCCUUCACUUUAGAGCCUUCUUAUUAAUGUCAUCUGUCUUGUUGAAAACUUUGUGGCAAUCUCUAUAAAUAGCAAGUGAAUAUUUCCAAAGUUUUGUAUUGGCUCCUUAAUUUUAAAAUUUCUUACAGACCAACAUUGAUUGUAAUGGAGAGUAAGCAGGUAGAAAGAACUUACGUGCAGGAGAUUCAGACUCAGUUAACACUGAGGUGUCUAAUAGUGUGAUAAGUGCUUUCAUUACCUACACUCUGAAUGCCAACUGAGCUGGGUUCUGUUACUAUAAUAGCAAGGAAAAUGAUAUCAAGAAAGUUGACUCUUAUCCCAAGUCACGCUGAUAGUGAAGUAUGGACACAAAUUGAAAACUCUUUAUUCAAAUCCAGGAAAUAUUUGCUCUGAAAACGGAUAACUUAAAAAUUAGGUAUUCCUGGGGCACCUAGGUGGCUUAGUCAGUCAAGUGUCUGACUCUUGAUUUUGGCUCAGGUCAUGAUCUCAUGGUUGCGGGGUUUGAUGCCCACAUUGGGCUCUGCCCUGACAGAGCCUAUUUGGGAUUCUCUCUCUCCCUCUCUCUCUGCCUCUUCCCUGCUUGUGCACAUGUGCCACAUGCACUCUCUCUCUCCCUCAAAAAUAAAAAAGUAAACUUUAAAAAAUUAAAGGCAUACCCUAUUUGAAAAUAAAAACAGUAAUAACAUAUGUGUUUAUCUUAUUUGUAUUAAUUGUAUUCUCCAAGAUUGGCAAAUAUAAAAGUAAUUGACAAAAUAUGAACAAAGGGACAUUCUUGUUCACUGUUGGCAGGGGUGAAGACUGGUACAACUUUUCUAGAGACAGUAUGUAUCAAAUUUGGCAAUAUAUACCAAACAUUUAAAUGAUACACUUUUACCCAGCAAUUUGUUUACAAUUUGUCCUAAAGAAUAAAAACUACACAAGUAUGUAAACAUGAGGGCAAAGAUGUACUUUAUGAUAUUCAUGAUAUUAAAACUUUGGAAAUGGCCUAAAUAUCCUUCAACAGAAAAUGGGUUACAUAAAUUCUAGCACAUAUAUACUAUUGAGUCAUAUACAACUGUCAUUAAAUAUUAUUUAGAUUGCAUUUAUUGCUAUGGAAAUCUGUCCCUGAAAUAUUAUGGAGUGAAAAAGCAAGAUAUAGAAUAAUAUGUUUAAUAUGGGCCCAUUUCUAACACUGGAUAUUUUAAAAUAAUAUAUGUUUCAUACAGAGAUCUUUGCCAAAAAUGAUGUCUUUCUCUGGGCUAUGGGAUUUGGGUGAUCUUUACUUUCUUUUGACUUUUAUGUAUUUAAAACUUGUAUAAUGAGCAUGUAUCAUUUUUAUUACCAGAAAAUAAUAAAGGUAUUUUUAUGUUGGAAAAA